UGGCGUCUCGGUAAAAUCUCUUCCAGGUUGCUGUGCCAGGCAGGCAGGCUGCUCAGUUCUAGGCUCCUCCAUCCGCUGCUAUACCUGAUACACCUUUACAAGUAAACAGACCGGUUUUGCCGUUUUGCGUGUACUGGCUUUUUUGUUUAUAAAGAGGUGGUCGGUUGAAUUAGUUGCUGACUGCUGUCAGUCAUGGAGACUCUCGGCAACUCGAACAAGAAACAGAAGCUAACCAACGCUGCCGAGAGCUGGGGAAUGCAACGGGCAACUAAUGUCACCUAUCAAGCUCAUCAUGUUAGCCGAAACAAGCGCGGGCAGGUUGUGGGCACAAGAGGAGGCUUUAGAGGAUGCACUGUUUGGCUGACUGGUUUGUCUGGUGCAGGGAAGACCACAGUGAGCAUGGCCCUGGAGGAGUACCUUGUGUGUCAUGGUAUCCCUUGCUACACCCUUGAUGGGGACAACAUCCGUCAGGGGCUGAACAAAAAUCUGGGGUUCAGCCCAGAGGACCGUGAAGAGAACAUUAGACGUAUUGCAGAAGUGGCCCGGCUUUUUGCUGAUGCAGGGCUCGUCUGCAUUGCCAGUUUCAUCUCCCCCUACAGCAGGGAUCGCGUCAAUGCUAGAAAGAUCCAUGAGGCUGCUGGGCUACCGUUCUUUGAGGUGUUUGUGGACGCCCCACUGGAUGUGUGUGAGCAGAGGGAUGUGAAGGGGCUGUACAAGAGAGCCAGAGCAGGGGAGAUAACAGGUUUUACUGGCAUUGACUCAGAGUAUGAGAAGCCAGAGGCACCAGAGCUGGUGCUGAAGACUGACUCCUGCAGCGUGAACGAAUGCAUACAGCAGCUGGUUGACCUUCUUCAGGAGCGGGAUAUAGUUCCUGUUGAUGCUUCCUAUGAAGUCAAAGAGCUGUAUGUUCAAGAGAACAAACUGGACCUGGCCAAGGCCGAUGCAGAAACACUUCCUGCUGUACAGAUUGGGAAGGUAGACAUGCAGUGGGUGCAGGUGCUGGCUGAAGGCUGGGCCACUCCUCUCAAUGGUUUCAUGAGAGAGAGAGAAUUUUUGCAGUGUCUUCAUUUUGACUGCCUGUUGGAUGGUGGUGUGAUCAACCUCUCCGUGCCUGUCGUGCUGCCGGUAUCAACUGCGGAUAAAGAGCGUUUGGAUGGUGUGACAGCUAUGGCCUUGGUCUAUGAGGGUAGGCGCGUGGCCAUCCUGCGCAACCCUGAGUUUUACGAACAUCGAAAAGAAGAGCGCUGUGCUCGGCAGUGGGGAACCACCUGUAAGGACCACCCUUACAUCAAGAUGGUGAUGGAAAGCGGGGACUGGCUGGUUGGUGGUGACCUGCAGGUUCUGGACAGGAUCUAUUGGAAUGAUGGCCUAGACCAGUACCGACUGACACCCACUGAGCUCAAACAGAAGUUUAAAGAAAUGAAUGCGGAUGCUGUAUUUGCCUUUCAGCUUCGCAAUCCUGUCCACAACGGGCACGCUCUCUUGAUGCAGGACACCCACAAGCGUCUGAUCGAGCGAGGCUACCGCCGGCCCGUUCUGCUGCUCCACCCACUGGGAGGUUGGACCAAAGAUGAUGACGUGCCGCUGCCUUGGAGAAUGAAGCAGCAUGCUGCUGUGUUAGAAGAGGGUGUCCUGAAUCCAGAAUCUACCAUUGUUGCUAUUUUUCCCUCACCCAUGAUGUAUGCAGGGCCAACUGAGGUUCAGUGGCAUUGCAGAGCACGAAUGGUGGCCGGCGCCAAUUUCUACAUUGUGGGCCGUGACCCUGCAGGCAUGCCUCACCCUGCUACAGGAAAGGACCUGUAUGAGCCCACUCACGGAGCCAAGGUGCUCACCAUGGCUCCAGGCCUCAUCACCCUUGAGAUUGUACCAUUUAAGGUUGCUGCUUACAACAAGGUCAAAAGAGCAAUGGAUUUUUAUGAUCCUAAAAAUUUGAUGCAGCCUCCUCCAUCAGGUUGUGCAACUUUGGCUGUGUUCAGUCAGCAAUGUUAAAACUAAAUAUGGCCGGACUAAUCAAAAGAUUUGCUUUGUUUUCCAUGAAGCAUGUUUGUGAUGUGAAGUCCAAACCGAACUGCUGAUCAGGACUCUUCUGUGAAACAAAGAGCACAUAAGCACAGAAAGUCUCCUUGAAGUAGUUUGUUUUAAAAUGUUAUCAACAAAUUUCUUUUACCAGUUGUUGGCUCUGAAGUGACAGCGCUGGCUAGGUGCUGUGUGUUAGAAACAUUUACUUUUUGACAGAAAAUUUCUGUUGUCUUAUUAUCUAAAUAGGAUCUGAGGUUUUGUAUUAACAUGGGGUGUGUGCUUGAAUUAUUUAAAGUAACUGUUUAGAUUAUAACCUAAGCAGAAAAAAAAAUAAAGGGAACAGUUGGGGGGGUAAUUUCCCACAAAUGAACAUACAUGAAAAAGAUUUCAUACACACUGUCACAUGAAAUUGCCACGGGAAGAUGCUGAGUUCUUGCAGUAAAGUUGUGCUUUUUGAAUUGCAUUGGUUACAAUGGUAAGGCGCAACCUUUACUUUGAAGGUGAAAGUUCUCAUUUCCGGUUUGUGUUGCACUUUUCAGCUUAUUGAGUAGCUGGCAAAUGUUUGCAGAAAUGUCGGCGUCUUCCAUGUGAGCUACAUGUGACCACGGCAAUUUGCUAGCAACUAAUAUGUAUGUUUGUUUGCAACCAAAUGAACCUAGUUACUGCCAGGAACCUCCAGCAACCAUUUGCCUGGCAAUUUGUGUCUGACAUGGGGUUGCUGACUGGUUUCUAGGCAUGUGUGACUCAGCUCUUAUGCAAACUGUCACAUAUGACUUAUUUUUUUUUCCCUUUUCAAAAAUGAUCAGUACAUAUUUUAGGUUUUGUUUUUUUUUUUUAUAUAUAUUUAUGCUAAUGCCAGGCAUUUAACACAACUCAGCUUGUAAAACCUGCAGUCAUCACUCAGUUAAAUUUAUGGCCGCCUCCUCUUUUAAGCACGCUGCCCUUGCCACGUUUUAGGUUUAAUAUGGGUGCUCAUUUUAAUCACAGCACCCCUCAGUCUUUCUCUGAAGCAUAAUGGCUCAGACCACAGAAAGCUGUUUCUAAUUUGACACUGUAUAACUUGUUCGUUGAAGAAUUCGCCUGGAGCUCCUUUACCUUACUUUCACUGAUUUUUAAUGUUUCAGAGCCACAAGAUGUGCACUUUCAUGUGAUAACAAUUUAGCUUUUUAAAAAGCAUGACUUUGACCCUCUCUGAAUGUGAGCCCAGCUCAAAUAAGUGUGAAUGUCUGCUAACAAGAUGUUUGAAGUUUAAAGUCUUGAUUAUCCCUUAGAGUAAUUUAUAAGUGAGGAUAGUGAAGAAGUGAUGAGCCUGUGCCAGGACUGCACCACAGCACUGGUUUGAGAUGAAGUCUGUCCCUGGCCGCUUGCUUCACAAAGUACAUAACUUUUCGUGUGAACUCAAAUCUGCAGUGAAAAACCAUCUAUCAUAAAAAUAUAAAGCAGAAGAUCUGAGAAUGUGUGAAAGAUAUUAAAAAAAUGCUUUGACUGGGAGAAUUCAGUCUGAUUUGUAGAAAGCUUUUCCAUCAUGCUGACAGUGAGGCUGACAGUUUGAUUGUAUUGUGUGUUACCCAAAAGUGGUGAUGUUUAUUUUCCAUCCAUCCAUUUUCUUAACCACUUGUCCAGUUCAGGGUUGUGGGGCAGACUGGAGCCUAUCCCAGCUGUGAUAGGGCAAAAGGCGGGGUACAGCCCGGACUGGUUGUCAGUCUAUCACAGGGCAAAAACAGAAAGACAGCCAGUCAUACCCACAGCCAGUUUAGGAUCAGCAGCUAACCUAACAUGUGUGUCUCUGGACUUUGAGAGAGGCUCCAGUGAGCGCUGGAUUCGCUGUAAGGUGGCAGUGCUAACCACUGUGCCACCCACCUGUCUGUUUCUAAUUUAAUGAUUUAAAUCUGUAUUAUAAUAAGGUUGCAUUUAACUGCAAAUCACAAAAGGUUCAAUAGCUGUCAUUUUAAGGUGCUGUGAAUCACUUAG